AUGGCAAAACGGUGUGGUCGGUCGAUGUGCCGGUGGUCGCACUUCACAAGGAGCCCCGUGCACAACGACGACGACGAGAUCACUACGUCUAGCUUGCCUUUCAGGGAACUGAUACCAAAUUGGACUACCUUAGAACCUAAAUGGAAGAACCCUGCGACCUGUAACAAGUUUGCCAGUGCCCAUCACGGAAGUUCUGGAGGGAAGAAAUUGUCUGACUUCAAAACCUUCCAUCUGGCAUGCUGUCUCGAGUUCAUUAACAAGACUGUAGGCGGGGUAAACCACCUAGUACGCUGCAUGAACGUCUUCGCAGUCGAUUUCAAUCAGUGCUGUGUACAUACUAAAGCUAUGUACAAAGAUGGUCCUAACAGGAUCUACACGUUGAUGAAACGUAAAGAGACUGCUAACUGGGGUAUGAUCAAAGACACUAACGUUCAACAACAACCCAAGCCGAUCGUCGAGUGGCAGCUAGGAGAUCUGAACCGGGAGGCUGCAGCUGCAAAAAUCGAGGAGGCGAUUGCUUCCGGUUUGGAUACUAGCGCUGUAUGGGGGUCCAUAAACGCUGCUCUAGAUACUCAGACGCGUAUCGCAAAGAAGCUAGAGAUCGCUCAAACUCGUGAUGCUGCGACUAGGCGCAAAGCUACUUUAACUGAAAAAUCCAAGAACCCCAACGUGGACCGUCGCAAGACCGACUAUAGGCUACUAUGGGGUUCCUCCAAAUUGAAUGCGGUAUCUUAGGUCAAUUACAAAAGUAAGCCAGUAUUCAUGCAAUAUACAUAUCACAUCUUUGACUAGGCAAGGUCUGAUGGGUUGAC